AUGUCCGACAAGCUGCUUUGCAAUUUCAUCAGGUCCAUAUCAGACCUACAGAAAGAUGUACAAGAGCUGGGUGAACGGACGGUCCGCAUGGAACACCGCAUGGGUGAAUACGCAAAAGCGCACAACGACAUGACUGACCAUGUUCAGAAACCUGGACAGCAACUGGAGUCCUGCCAAGUCAAGCUGAUGGACCUGGAAGACAGGUCCAGGAGACAAAACAUAAGACUGUGUGGCAUUCCACAAAUGGUGAA